CGAUUUUAGAAAGAACGUGAGUUUUGCGGGUUUUGCAUUAAAAAUCACAGAAUUUGAUUUAUUUUCAAUGUUAAUUGGAUUGAUUAAAGUUAUUUUUCAAUAACAUAUCACUAAGGUGUUAUUAAACCCAUCUGUUUACGCAACACCCCGUCCGCAAGCCGGUCCCCACAAUGUUCCUCCGUCGAUCGGCCCCCGUAGUGGUCCGCUGCUCAUCCACCGGCCUCCGACAGCCACUCUCGACGGUCGCCUCCCCACAGCCCCAAAAGUUGGACGAUUUUCGCACCGGCGAAUCGAACCCGGUCCGCCACAACCAGUCGCACCUGUCCCGCUUUUACACGAUUCCGGCGGACGUCCGCAAGCAGAUCUUCGCCCACGGGGGCUUUCCCAAGACGUACGAGAAGCAGAUCAAGACGUUCAACGAGGCGUGUUUGAUGGUGCGGCCGGCGGCUGUGGAGCUGAUUGGCCACUUGAACGCGACGGAUUUCCGCCGGCCAGCGAACCGGUUCGUGCUGUACGGGGAGGAUGGUGCGGGGAAGUCGAUGGUGUUGGCCCAUUUGCUGCAUUACGGGUUCUGCCAGGAGUUUGUGCUGGUGCACGUUCCGUGGGUUCCGAACUGGAUGAAGCGGGCCAAGGAGACGGCGAUUUCGGGGACGCGGGAGGGAUGUUUGGAUUUGCCGUUGGACGGUGCGGCUUGGUUGGUGCACUUUAAGAACCAGAACGCGCCGCUGUUGGCCAAGUUGGACUUGAAGGUGAGCCGGGAUUAUGUUUGGAGCAAGCGCGAGACGACUCCGGCGGGGGCGCCGAUGCUGGAAUUGAUUGAUCAUGGGAUUAAUCGAGCGAAAUUUUCGUGUGAUGCGAUUGCGGCGUUGCUGGGUGAGCUGAAGGAACAAUCGACGGCCGGUAGGGUCAAGACGAUGGUCGUGAUUGACGGAUUUAACGCAUUUUUCCACCCGCACACGAGGAUUCUGACGGAGAAUAAGGUCCGCGUGACGCCGGAUAAGCUCACACUUACGCGACCUUUUCUGGACAUUACCGGCGCCGAUUGGUGCAAUGGGGUGUGUAUCGUGACCGUCGACCGGAUGGCACUGACCGAGGACCGGAUGGAAUCGACGCUGCCGAUGUACCAGCUGAGGCGCGAAGGCUUCGAACAUUUGGAUCCGUUUGUGCCCGUUCGGGUGGACAAUUACUCGGAGGAGGAGUUUCACAGCGCCGUGCAGUACUACCUGAACCGGAAGUGGAUCCAGAUUACGAAGGACGGGUUCGACAAGGAGUUGGAGUUUUUGAGCGGGAAAAAUCCGUUCAAGUUGAUGCAGCUGAGUGCGAGUUUGUAAUUUUAGUGGGAGAAAUAUAGUUUUGAAAAUCGGA